AUGGCCGCUCCUCGCGCAAGCCAAUUUGUGGCUCUCCGCAAUCUCGCCCGUCAUGGCAGCCACCACCAGCAAGUCCGCAGCUUGCACAUGACCGGUCCAGCGACCUAUGCAUCGCCCGUCCUGACUCAAGAACGCUCCAUCCUCAACAUCCCUCGCGACAUUGCGGGCUUGCGGGCUGAAUGCAAGCGUCGUCGGAUUGAUGCCUCGGGCGACAAACAAGAUCUCAUCGCCCGUAUCAACGCCGACCAGCUCGCCCACCAUCGUGCCUUCAGCACCACCUCUCCAACCCGGCCGACGCCAACAACCUCCCCAAACACCUCUGCAGCAGCAGGAAACGGCACCCGCCACUUCAACACCUCCAGGAGCCUCAAGGCCGUCAACGACAGCUCCACCAUCGACUUCGCCUACAUGCCCUGGACGGCUGCCGACCACGACGACAGCCACCCGACCCUUCACAACCCCCAAACAUCUUCCCUCCGCGUCCCCAUCAUCCCCUCCAAUCUCGUCUCCUCGUCAUCCUCGAGAAUCUCGCGACAGGGAGCCAACACUCUCGCGCCCACCGACGAAUUUUCCCAAGCAGAGACUGUCAUGAAACCGACCAUCAGCACCAUGUCCGCCGACGCCAUGAGCCUCCGCGCCGUGCUGCCCUUGGCGGAACUGAGCGAUUGUCAUGGUUUGCAUAUCGAUUUCCAUGAAAUCGCGGAGCGCUCGGUCGGUGAUGCGGUCGACAAAUUGGCGCGGGAGGAUCUGUCCGGAGGGAGGGAUCGGGGUGUGGGUGUCCUGAAGCAGAUCUGGGAGGGCAUUGUGCAGGAUUUCAACGGCGGUGGCACGGGCAAUGGGCGGAAAUUCGCCAUGGCGUGA